CCUGUCUUUGGUUUCGUUUUUACAGUUGCCUGGGUUCUUACGUACUAGAUAACAGCUGAUCAAGGCAGGAACUGUCUACAUGUCAAGAGACUGAUACUACAUCUAAAACAACUGAAACUGGUACAGAAUAGCCAAGAACUUCAUCAAUGUGGCAAGAAUGUUUUCCAGAAAUAAUUUUGAAGCCUUUUUCAUGUAGACAGGCUAUAGAAAGAUUGUUUACAUCAGAAAUAUAAGAUUAAAUGUAUGCCUAAGAAGAGAUGGGAACCCACAUAAACAAUGACAAUGGUGAACCUAUGGAUGUAUCUAAUACUCAGUGGGGUUGGUUUUACCUUGCAGAAUGCGGCAAGUGGCAUAUGUUUGAGACCAGUUGCACUGCACACUGUUCCAUUAGCAGUGAAGAAAUUGAACAGCAUUACAGAAUGAAUCCACAUGCAGCAGUACUUUUUUCUACAGCAAAGUUUAACUACAGACUUGAUUUUAUAGAAAUGAGCCAAACCAACUUAUGCACCGGGAAAAAAAGACCAGUAAAGAGAGCGCCUUUUUCAAUUACUGCUUUUAGUUACAUCUGUGAAAAUGGAUCUAUUCCUUUGCCUUCCCACUGGGAGAAUGUAAAUAAUGCAGAACCCUAUCAGCUCGUCCCCUUAAUCAAGCUAUCUAACGAAUAUACUCAAGUUGCUGAUCGCUUUGGAGGUACCAUGAAUAAGGAUCGUAUUAAAGCAAUUGUAAGAAUUCAAAAUCUAGAUUUAUGGGAGUUUUAUUGCAGGAAAAAGGCCCAAUUAAAAAAGAAGAAAGGUAUAGCUGAAAUAAAUGAACAGAUGUUGUUCCAUGGUACAAGCAAUGACUUUGUAAAUGCAAUUUGCAUUCACAACUUUGAUUGGAGAAUAAAUGGAAUGCAUGCUACUGUAUAUGGAAAAGGCACAUACUUUGCAAGAGAUGCAUUACUAUCAAGUAAUUACUGCAAAAACAAUAUAAAGCAUGGAAAUAUAUUACAAUCCCACGGUGUUGAACUGGACAAUAGUGCUUCAAAAUUAAGAAAAUCCUUGUUCCUUGCCAGAGUACUUGUGGGAGACUAUACCACUGGAGCACCACAUUAUAUUAGACCUCCAUCAAAAGAUGGCAGCUUAGUUAACUUAUAUGACAGCUGUGUGGACAAUCCGUUCAGUCCGCAAAUUUAUGUGAUAUUCGACAACAACCAGAUAUAUCCAGAAUACAUCAUUCACUUUGUCUAGAAGUUGUUAUACAUCAUUUAUUUAUUAACUGGAUUUUUUUUUAUGCUGGGUUCACUAAAGUUAUAAAUAAAGAUUUAUCUUUGUUUUUGUCCUUGCAUCAGCAAAGGGGCAUAUUAAUAAUCAA